UCCAGGCAUUGAAGUGACUGGCAAGUACGAGGGGAGCAGAGACAAGUUUGCCUGGCUCCAGGUGAGCUACAAGACUCCUGAGGUGAGGGUGCGUGUGACCCAGGACAGCAUCGUGGUGACUCGUGGCCAUGGCGGGAAAAGCUCCUCUUAUCAAUGGAAAUCACUCUACUUGGUGAUGCCAGGGCUGAAGAUGACUUUGGAAAAUGGUGUCUUGCUGCUUAGUGGCCCAGACAAAGUCACCAUUGGCCUAGUAUCCUUGAACCAUCCUACUCCUGGACUGCGACUCUUCCUGAAGGAUCCAGCUCAUUUCUCCAGCCAAACCAGUGGAGUCCUUGGUCAGUUCUACCAGGAUUUUCAGUGGGAUCCUGCUGAAGAGAGCACAGUUGAAAACACACGGGAGCUGAGUGUGAUGGGAAAGAAGUAUACAGCCACCAGAAAGUCCAUGAUGGAUUUCCAACAAGGUACAUCUACUGCCCCACAGUCAGAGUUAUUGUGCUGGUACCUAGAGCAAUCCUUAUAAGGUGAAAGAGAAUCAGGGCAAGCUGCACCCUUCUGGUCUCCUUUCUGGACUAAUCAGGGCCAGGAACUGCUCCUGCCCUUUGCUAAUUGCCCAUCUGGACCAGGUGGGAAGAUGCUAUAAAGCAACAUCUUUUCAGCA